UCGAGUAGUAAACUCAGCAUGUGACUUGAAGUUUCUCUCUACUCUAGACAUUAGGAUUGUUCGAGUUUAAUGUUAAACAACAUUUUGAUUUUGAUUUACUUUGAAUUAAUCUCAUCUGUUGAAAGUUCUAUUUCAUUUUGUUAAAAGUUUCAUGGUUUUCAUGGGGGACAAAAAUAAUCCCAAGAGAAAAUAGAGAAAUUUAUUAUUAAUUUUUAAUUUUAAUGAAAAAUUAAAUGUAAAAGAAAAAAAAAACACUUAAUUAAAAAAUUGAAUUAAUUUUUUUCAAGUAAAUUAAAAAAAAAAAGCAAUAAUCAAUGUCGGUUCACGCACUGACGCCGAUGAUUGCAAGGCUUAUUUCAAGCACGCUAGACCACGUGAGUUGUGACUUUGUACUUCAUCAACUCACCCCACUUUAUAGGCUUGGGAGCGUUGCGACGCUAUUGCCAGUAUUGCGGGGGUGCCGCGUGUGGUAACUUCUAUAUCUUUACAUUUUUAUUGAGCUUUAAAGUUUCAAAACAAACCUCAAAGUUAAUAUAUUUCCUUGAAACUGUGAUUAAAUAAAAAAUACUAUUUUACUCUAGUGUCUUGUUUCAUUGACUGUCGCAACCUUGAAAGCUCACUUCCGAGCUUUUUUUAUACAUAUAACCACUAAAACUUAAGAAAGUGUAGUUUUUUUUUCAAUCAUCAGAAAAAAGCUCUGAUUUGAUUUUUAAAAGUUUACUUGAUAUUAUUGAUAAAUAGCAUGAAUGUUCGUUUGUUACAUGAAGAAAUUUCGUGACGAUAGUAAUUUGAAAUCUGCUGAUCAAUUGAGAGUUUUUCCUAUUAAUGUAUUAUCGUAUUUGUGUAGCCAAGUCUUAAGUGUAUGUGUAUUUGGCAUGCUCUAUCUUGUUGUCACUAUAUCGGCCAUGAUCUUCAGUAACAUUCAUAGCUAAAAACAGAAACCCACUCAUCUAAUAAUUAAAUCUAAAUCAAAAUAAAAAAAAGGUUUUAUGAAAUUCAUCGAAACGUACUUUUUAAUUAUCCCUGAAACUUGAACACAAAAAAGCCACACCAUGAAUUUGAUGUUUCGAAAGAAUUUUGCUGGUGAUAAAGCAAUAAGUGGUGAAACUAGAUCAGGAAUAUCUGGAUCCUACACAACAACUAGUGGUCCAAGUUUAGGUACCACUUUGGGACAAGGAUCGUUGACCAAUCGUAUUGGAAUUAGACCUAGUAUUGUUAGCCCUAGUGGACGUGGACCAAUAAGACGUAGUCGAGAUUUCGGUUAUUCACCAGCUGAUGAUCAUCCAACUCAUGCCUAUCGCACUCACUUAUUUCUUUCACCUCCUUCAGGUAUUGUGGAAGAAGCGCCUGAAAGAAUUGGACCUGGACCGAGAAGAAACUCUGGAUCUCAUGUUAUUAAAUGGGGUGGGAAUGCUGGAGCCAACAAUACAUCAGCUGCCAACAAAAGAAAACAAAGUAAUCAAACUAAAGAUGCAUCAGAACCUGCUACUCCAACUGCAUCGAGACAGGUGUCCUUCAAUGGCAACAGGCCAGCAGGAAUUUACACGCCACUCGUUGUUUCCGGCAACAGUCCACCAAGAGGAGAGCCAAAAUCACUUGCAACACUAGACCGUGACUGUUUUAUUAUUCCUCUAGCGUCUCUCGAGCGUUUCCUUCCAGCAGGAGUGCCGCACGCUCCAAUAGCUGAUAAAAAACGUUCCGGAAGUCCAUUAUCUGUCCUUGAAGUUGAAGAUCCAAAGCAAUGCGUCUUGGCACAUUUUAUGACACCUCUGGAGCCACUUGAUCCAAUCGUUGAAUCUCCAGUCGCGAGGCCACUAGUUCUUCAAAGAGAUACCGCAGCUGAAUUGAUCGCUGAAAUCGCACCGUCUGCUUCCCAGAGCAUUUUAUUGACUAACAUGGAACGGAAUGCGGACUUUCCUUUCAUCACAUACUACUUGAUAAACAAACACAAUACAGAUCCUGCUGAUUUUUAUCAAGAAGUUCAAUGUGCAGCUUUGAGAAAAUUUGACCCAAGGGAUCUACGCUAUGCUGCCAGUCACACAUUAGAUCUCUUCAAUGAAGUUGCUACGAUAGCACGACCACCACUAGAACCUCCAGGUGGUCGUCCACCAAUUCCUUCCACUGGAUAUAUUGUCUCCAUCUUUAAAGUCUUUGAGGGUGAUGAUGGUCUAAAAUUUGAGCAGAAUUGGCUCUACUGGACUGGUGCUAGAAUGAUGUAUCGAUAUUUACCAAAAUCAGUUGGUCUGAAGAGAAUAACCCUUCAUAAAUCAAUGUCUCAAGGAGAUAAAAUGUAUCUGCUCAUUUGCGAGUGUUCACAGCUUCAAGAUAAUUUAUCGGCAGCUGCUAUUUUACUGCCUGCUCUACGAGCACGUCUUUGUGGUUACACAGGACUAUACAGACCAUCAGUGUGCUUUUGACUUCGCAUUAAUAAUAUUCAAUUAAUGAAAAAAUGAACUGUUUUUAGAUGAAAAUAUUUUAAAAAGUGUACUGUAAUUAUUUAAGCAAUGAAACAUUAGGGAACCAAUAAUGAUAAAAAUAUCGUUCGUCAGUGCUGACUUUAUAUUUUUAAGAGCCAUUUUUACAAUCGCUAAUGAAUAUAAUUAAUUAUUAAUUAAUUAAUAAAUAACGAUAUUGAAUAAUUAUGAUAUGAUGAAUGAAGUAAUUUAACAGUUAUCAUUCACGUAUAUUUAUAUACAUAAUUACAUCCAUAAUAACAUAUCAAUAAUGUUUGAUAAGCUGUGAUAUCAUGGGAAAUAUCGUGUAUCACACAAUUGCUAUUGCGUAGGCAACUUUUUUAAAACCUACUAUGUAUAGUCUUUUAACUCUUUACAAUGACGAUUAACUAAUUAAUAUUUAAUUAAUAACAUUAAUUACUGAAUAAUUGAAAUUUUAUCGAAUCUAGAACUUGUCCUCAAGUUGAUACACUUGAUCAAUAAUGACUUGCUUAUUUUUUCAAUCAAUUGCCAAAAAUUCAUAGUGCAAUUUCCGGUGAUUGAGGACAAAUGUUUUGUAGAAUUUUGGGAAUAAAAAAAAUAAAAUAUUGGCUCAAUAAAUUUUUUUAGACAGUCUUUGAUGACUAUAAUAACAGUAGAAUUAUUAGAUAAAAUAAUUGAACCAAUUUUCAAAUAAGAUGAAUAAGUAGUCCAAGUCAAUGUAAUCGUGAUAUACAGAGUUUUUAGCACGGCUGGAAUUACGGAGGGUAUUUUUAGGAUUGGUGAAAAUCAUUGGAGAUAUUAAAAAGAGUGUUUUUAUCUUAGAUAAGGGUUGAAAUAUCCGAAAAUUACACUAGAGUUUACUCUUUUGUGAUUCACUAAAAAACUGUAAGAAAUACAAAAAAAUAUUUAAAAUAAAAGCUUUAGAGGCUGCAAAAAAGUCAUCACAUUUUAAGUCCUAUUCCUCACGGUUUAGCCAGAGAUUGACAAUCAACAUUAAAAGAUCAAUUUUUUUUUCUUUUCAAUUUUUUUGUUUAAUUUUUUGAUCUUUAUGAUCAUUUUUUGCUAAACUAUGAGAAAUAGGAGUUAGAAUGUGAUGACUUUUUUCAUGUAAAUUUGCAGCCUUUGAAACUUUUAUCUAAAAUAUUUUUUCGUAUUCUUUAAAGUUUGCGGAAAAAGCGUUAAAAAGUGACUGGACUACAAAUACUAGCUCAUUUAGACCUAGAUUUCAAUAACAAUCGAUUAUUAAGCAAUUUUUAUGCUUGUUGCGUAAUGACAAUAGUUAGAUAAUUAUUGCGCAGGCGCAAUUAAUGAUUCCUAUAAUUAUGAAUAAUUGAAUUAAUAAAUUAGUUGAUAUCUUAAGUUUUCAAGAUUGCAGGAAAUUUUCUAGACUAAAUACUAGUGGGAUAAAAUUUGUCAUUAAUUCAGUUAAUUAAAAAUUAUCGAUGAGAUUGGUAAAGAGAGAAAGGGAGAACGAUUGAGAAAAAAAAGAAUGAAACCAAAAGAACAGAUACAAAAGGCAACAUGCAAAUACAAGAAAACAAGCCUUGAUAAAACAAAACUGUGAUUAAAGUAUUUCAAAAAAUACUAAUGGUCUUUGAUACAUAAUACAAAAAAAGCACAAAUUGUGAUUACGUGUUUAAAAGAAAUUAUUUCAAAAGCUGAAGAAAAAUGUUUUUUAAAUUGAGGUAAUUGUUCAGAAAAUACGAUUUAAUUUAAGACAAUGGAAAAAAACAAAUAAAAUCAUUCAAUAAAAAUAUUCUAGUAAAGUGGAAAAUAUUUUGAAAUUAACUAAUUAUUUGAUUACUUGUAAAAUUCAAUUUUUAAAUACAUACUUUUUUUACGAUCAAUUUACAUUUCUAAACAAUUACCAUAAUGAUUUCAUUUGAGAAUAACA